GAGCCACCGAGCCCGAAGCGUGGCGAGCGUACUUUUUGGGUACCCUGUUCGGCCGUAGCUCCUCCCCCUGGUGACGUGUCUCCUCCCCUAGGUACGUCACAAGGUCCCUUCUCCCACUCCGAUAUAGAACCAACCGGCUAGGGACGGCACGUGUUACUAUUGAUAACGUUACGUCUUCCUGGCAACCAAUGUGCGCGCAAAAUGCUGCUGUGACCGCGCUCCGUUGUCAUGGUGACGGGGGGACGCCAGAGAGAGCGGUGAUGGCUUCGGACCGUCUGCAGUUGGAGGUUGUUGGGCUCCUCAGCGAACCACCUUUCCACAUAGCCAAAUGCACGGCGGAGGUGCUGAAACAUACGUUUGGUGCAGAGUUUGAAGACCCAGCCCUAAAGCCACUUCUUGAAUUUUCUUGGAGUGAGUAUAUAUAUGAGAAGAAAAAGGAAAUUAAAGGGGAAGCGUGGGAGUUUUCAUCCCUGGUCAUGUGCUUCGUUGAUGGACAGUUUAUUGGAGAUGAAAAAGCCUUGAGGAUAUGGGCUAAUGAUAUGUGGGGUUAUAAAGACUACAGACCUUUGCCCCUGUAUAAGGCCUUGGCAGAGGACUUUUACACAAAGUACAUGAAAAAUACUAAACAUGUGUUUGUAUACAUUGACAUUGCAAUUCUGGAUAAACCCAUUGGGAGGUUACUGUUUGAGAUAUACUCUGAUCUAUACCCCAAAACAUGUAAAAACUUCCAGCUCUUGUGCACUGGAGAAGCUGGGAACUCUGCAAGUGGUGUGAAGUUGCAUUACAAAGGGUCUCCGUUCCACCGCAUAGUGAAAAAUGGCUGGAUACAAGGGGGAGAUAUAUUGUCUGGAAAAGGAAAUGAAGGAGAAUCUGUUUUUGGAGACACAUUUGAAGAUGAAAAUUUUGCUUUUUCUCACAAUAAGCGGGGAAUUCUGGGAAUGGCGAAUAAGGGGCGACAUUCAAAUGGUUCCCAAUUCUAUAUCACGCUGCAGGCCACUCCAUAUAUGGAUAGAAAGCUUGUGGCAUUUGGACAACUGGUUGAAGGUAGCGAGGUGCUUCAGAAAAUGGAAGAUAUCCCAACUUACAAUGAAAGACCAAAACUGGACUGCACCGUUGUAGAUUGUGGCCUUUUCACACCUUGACAGCAAUAUGAGUAUAAUUAAUGGCUGUACUACGACUCCUCAAACACUUUGCCUGUGGCAAAAAAAAAUUCACUAUUUUUCUUUUUCGACAACUUUUUUUUUCAACCAAUUCAAUUAUCCCCGGAUUUUUUGCCUGAAAAAGUUUCUAUUUUCGGGCAAAAACAUAUAGUAUGCGGGGACAAUUGAGUAUCAACAGGAGAUUACUUACCCUGCUGUAAAUUACUGCGGCCAAUUGAAUUCCCCCUUCAGUCUGGUAAACUAAUAUGGCACUUUUACUAACAUUACAUUUAAGUGCAACAUUUGCACCAAACCGUAGCAACCGAUCCAACACUUCCUCUCAUUGUCUAACUUGCACUAGACAGAUAAAACAAAUUGUCGUUUGCUGUGGUUCACUGGGAAUUUGAAUAUUAAAUAAAUCCAUGUAUUUUGCAGUGUUUACCAUUAAUUGCAGGAAUAUUGUAAUCACACAGAAAUGUGCUAGAUAAGAAAACAGUCACAUCAGAUCUGCUCAGUGGUGCUCGGACGAAAAAAGGAAGUACAAUAUAUAAUGAAGGCCUAAAAGACAACAGACAGCAUGCAUUGGAGAAGGAGGAAGAUGAAAUGAUUGUUGGGAAAACUCAUUUGAACUUUUUUGUCCUAGAUAAAUGUUAGCGUGUCUUGUCAACACUACUUGCAUGUUCUACAGUAAUAUUCACUGUAUUAUUUCAUUACAGUUUGGUAAUAGAAUAAUAUAAACUAGCUGACGUGACCGGUCUCAAAGGUUUGUUGGACAGAACAUUGUACCCCACUUCAUCCCCUUAGGAGCCGAUAUGAUCGAAAGUUUAAUUACUAAAGGUUCAUUAAAGCAUUAGAAGUGCCUUAAGUA